AUAUGACUUAUACUUGCGGGAGUAGGCACAGGAGGCUGUAAUCAUCUCAGUCAAAAAAUUAUGGCUGGUAAAACACGUGUAAAGUCCCGCUUUUAGGCAUGCAAGGAGUCCCAAGUUUGUUUUUUUUUUUUUUUUUAAUUUUUUGCACCUCGUGACUGUUCCAGGAAACUAAUCAUGCUUCAUGAUGGCUAAAAGUGGACACUUUCCUUCUUUGCUGUGCAGUGAUUUUGCCGAAUUCGUUUCCUUCUUGAAAUCACCACGAAAAUAUACUCAGAGUUUAGUUUAAAAACAAAAAAUGACUUGACUGUCACGAGAUGUUUACUUUAAAGGUAACUCGAGCAUUCCGGUUCGAAUAUAGUUUGAACGCUCUUUGUGCCUUAUGGGUUUUGCGAAUCAGAGCCUUGACACCUACAACAGCAAUACCGCCUCUAGUCACAAAAGGAGCUGCAGAAAUAGAGGAAGCCCUUUUAAAACACGCUGUUAUUCCUGAUGUUAUCGAUAAGGCCCCAAAACAUUUUUUAAUGGCAUCGUUUCGUGAAAGCGAAGCCAAAAAGGCCAAAUUUCUGAUGCCACAGCUCGGAAAUAUUUUGGAUCCCAACGUAAUGCGGAUGUAUCCUUAUCAUUUGAACUGGCCUUGUGAUAAUGCAUCUAUGUACACAUUAAUAAUGACAGAUCCUGACUAUCCUUCAAAACAGAGGCCAUCAAUGCGAGAAUGGCAUCAUUGGUUGGUUGGGAAUAUUCAUGUGGUGGUUAAGGAAGGUAACUUUUUACCUGAUAUUUUUGAAUCAGAUAUGAUGUCUAGAUACGUUCCGCCAAAUCCACAAAAUGGCACUGGCUUUCAUCGUUAUAUUUUCCUGGUUUACAAGCAGCCAACUGGUCGAAUACGUUUCGAGGAAAAAUAUUUACCUCCUGAGCCAAAUGACAUCGAAAGAGGCAAUUUUUCAACUCGACGCUUUGCUGAGAAGUAUAAUUUAGGCGACCCCAUCGCGGUCAGCUUUUCCCUUUGUGAAUGGGUCAAGCUCCAACCAACGACAACAUCGGAGCCUUCGGAAUUGACGACUUUCAAUUUGAACUUAUAAUACUGAAACCUGACUACGAGAGAUCUCUUUAGUUACUCUUCUAAUGAUGAUCUGCGAUCUUAAAAAAUAAAAAAAAUAAAAAAAAUAAAAAAAAAACUUGUGAGACUUGGUAUCUGAGUAGUAUAUCUAUGAAUUUAAGCAGAUCUCUCUCUAAAUCACAAAUUAAAGCACCCUCUGAAUUGAAUCGGUGAGAACGAAUUUGCACCAACUCGGCACUCGAAAAUGAUGAAUUUUCAUUAAAGACUGUCAAUUUUCAAAAAAGUCAUAGGAGUGACCGCUUCUGCUCCACCUUUGACCUUUAAAGCGUCCUUACGUACUUGUCUUUCGGCGGCACCGAAAAUAUUUUUCUUAUAGAUUAACUUAUUCACCCAGGGUGCAGUUUUGUGUGUGUCUUGAUUAUUUUCAGAUUUUCGAGUUGGUGUGUUUUCGUUCUCACUGAUUCAAUUGUGCGAAUAUGCUCGAAAAAGUUCGGUGAUCGAAUUGGGUAAAUUGUCUUGGAUUCUAUACAGGAUGGUCUGUCGUUUAAAAUUUUUUAUUUUGGUAUUCUUCAACUUUAAAUAAACCUGAGGUACUUGGAAA